AUGCAUUCAUUCAACUUCAUUCUCCCCCUUGUCUUCCUCGCCGGCUCCUCUCUUGCCGCUGAUAAAUGCCCAGACGGUAGCGAUCCCCAAGUCGUCAUCGGCUCCGAAAGCGUCUGCUGCCCCGGAAUCAUCAACAUCGACGGCGAUGAGGGCCCCGACUGCUGCGUCGGCGGCGCAUACCCAUCCUGCUUCCCCUUUUGCAGCAGCUCGUGGUCCUUGACAUGUCAAACCAAAGUCCCCCUUACGGCUAGUGGGUAUACGUCGAUUGUGUACAGCAGCACUGCUGCUGCGGCCGAGGCGUCUACUACGGCCACAGCCACAGCUACAGCUUCAGAUGCGAGUUUGACACCGUCGACUGGAAGAACAACGUUUGUGACUGCGACUAGUACUGGGGGAGUAACUGGUUCAACUGCUGAGUCUGUGGUUGCUGGUGCUGCGGCAUUGGCGUUUCUAGGGGCAAAUAUUCAGGGAUAG